AAUAUCACAAUGCUCUUCCGAAGUGAUGCAAAUGAUCUGGUGCCUGGUCAAGGUUGUCCAAAGCGAGUCAUCAAGCUCUCGGUUUCCUACCGACCACGGAUUUCGUUCAGGUGCUCACGUCUGCCUGCAAAUGGGCGUGAGCUUCGAGCUUCGUUUUUCAAAAUGUAUAAAGAACCGUCCGACUUACCCGUAGAGACUUACUCAGACUCAUCCGCAACCACUGGCUACAGUCUUUCGGGGAUCCGGGUAUUGACGGACGAAGAGCUUCUGAAGCAGCAUCGCGAGCGGCUGCGAGAAGCGGAACACGCUGUCGAACAUCCGCCGCUCAUCUCUAUUCAGAACGUGUUUUCGGACGUGGGGGCAACCAUGAAGUUUCAGAUUCCAAGUGGCAGCGAUGGAAACACGGGCUGCGAGUUCGCUUGGCUCCGUAUCAAAUGGUCAUGUUUUGCAGCUUGAUGGCCGCGGUUAUAGCCGUUUCCUUGCUGGUGUCGGGCAUCGCGCUGAUUGUCUUUGCCUGCUCGGCUGUUCAGUAUCGAACGAAGCUAAUCGCAAGAUAUGCCCAACACAAGAUUCUUGACUACAUUGUGGCCACGAGUGCCUUGAAUUCUGUGUCGAUCGGACUCAAGUUUUUUGCGGGGCUAGGAGCUUUGAUGUCAUCAGUGUAUUCGCUGUUUCCUUUGAAACACAGGCGAUGGAAUGUUUACUUCUGGUUUUUCAUAGCCGAAACUGGGAUAUCUUUCGUUUUGUCAGGCGCUCAUGUAUUCUUGGGUACCUAUCGGCUGGAUGAUUAUUUUCCACUGAAUGACUUAGCCAGGUUCGAAACGAGCCACGAUCUCUUCAAAUUGAAACGCCACUUGCAAUAUUGGGGUUCGUGUUGUGGAGGAUUGGACGAGCUCGCGUUUCUUCCUCACUUGAACGGGACAUUUUCCGAGUUGAUUCUGCUCUCGGAACACAAAGAUGACCAGGACGAGGUUAUCGCCGAACUGGCCCGACAACCCUUUCUGAGAGCCACCGUGACCCAUCCCCAAUUCGGUGUGCACGAGGUCAGCUGCUGCGACCGAACCAGCCACCAGACGCUUGCCACUGCGGCUCAUUUGCUGUUUCCGCAAAUGCCUGAAAACCCCGGGUUCUUGGGCAAGGAUUUCAUUCGUCUCACGAGAUCGGAGUUACUCACGUUCUAUAUCCUGCAUGUGCCGACCUACAAGCAGGUUGAAUCGUGUUACGGCACUGGACGAGCAGUGCAUUGCUUGCCACAUGCUUCGGAUUGUGGCUCGACGCUCAGUCGCCUUUUUAUGGAGCGAGAAGCGCCCGCCAUGGCGUUUUCCAGUUCAGUGAUGUUUGGCACAGCGUUGGCGAUCUUGAACAUGUUUUGGAUUUACCAGUUGAGCGACAAGUUCAAGAGCAAAAUGACGCAGACGAAUCUGGAAUACGAAGACGAUGUUUCAGAGGGUUCUGAAGCCCCUGAGAUUUACUUGAACUUGAAGGCGAGCGUUUGGAGGUUUUCGACGCCGCGAGAGCAUUUCAAGGGAGAUGUCAUGACUCUCGUGAGGCCGUACAUGUUGCCGCCGAUUGAAACGCGCGUCGUGGUCGUGCCGAGCUUCAGAUUCUUCGCGAUGAUGUACAAGAGGGAAGCGACGCAAAAAAUGCUGGACUCGCUUUUGACCAAAAAACAUUCGAAAGAGCGGGUCGUUCGAGCUCGAAGAAGGUUCACGUUUUUGUAGUAAUGUCAUCAGAUCAGGUUUUAAUUGUCAUUGUGUGCUGAAUGGAAGCACAGGAUGUCGGGAUUACGUGUGCAG